GGUUGUUGUCAUAGAUGUCAUGGAUGCUGUGGCGCGGAAUCCUAUCAGAGCAACAAGUGCUCCCGCGGCUUCGUUUGUUAUUUUAUACAGCUGAGAGUUUAUAGUUCGGACAGUCUUUUUUUAUUACAAAUGUCCUGCUAAUUGAGAAUAAAAUAAGCUGUUCGAACAGAGACGUUUUAGAAGUAUAAGAUACCUUUAAAUUAAACGGACAUUAACGGCAUUGGGGUUUGUUUUGCAGAUGGGACAGACAUGAUAUUGUGCUUGGUUCAUUUGCGACUUUUGUUGGUUUGUUCUAUGCAUACUGUUGUUUUGAAGCAGUUUGGACUUGGCAUCUAAUCUGUUGUAAAUCUAAUGAAAAGAAAUGUCCCCAAACAAGCAAAUUAAGGCCAACUCACAGGUCAAGCGUGGAAAGUUCACAGAACCGAAAACCAUUACGCACUUAAAAUGUGCUCAUGGAUGUUAUUGAUAACAAGCACAAUUAGGUUUUAACAUAACACAACAUAUCAACAGAUGAUAAAUCAAAAGGUAGAACGCUCAGUAUUGAGUUCAUUUCUCGCUUGUUCCUAAUCUAAGGCACUUUAUGGCCAGUUACUCAGCUGAAGGAUUCUAGAUCGAGACUAUUUGUGUUAUUUCAUUAACGAACAGUGCGUCGUGCAAAAACAGGCAACGCGCGCGUAAUGCGUCAUUUGGUGCCUUUUACGCACGAUGCUGUGCGGCAGCGAUGCUUUUGAGCCCGAGGAGGCCUCGCGAAGCAGCUGGCAGGCGAAUAUCGUUAUCGAUGCGUAUUGGACAGAUGGAGCAGCUGUACAUGCGCCUCUGCGGGGGAAUUGAUACGCAUGAUUAAAGUUUGACGUUUGGAACAAGUCGACUUUCAUCCACACGACACAAUCUGGCAUUUAAUGGAUUGUUUUUAUCAUCUAAAUAUCAAUACGUCUUGGCCAAAUGUUUUUUUUUAAAGUAUUUUAACCUUUAUUCCUUACUCUACCUUAAAAGUUAAGUAACCGGAGUGUUAAGCGCGUAAAGCUAUUUCAUAAUGCCACUGGAACGCUAAUUUCUCUGCAACAGGACUCCGGUGUGCAAAACCAACCAGCGGCGUAGUGCGGUUCACAGGAAGUUGGCUGAUUUGGGACGUAAAGUUAGCAGCAUGGUGCGGAUUUAAUGGACAAAACAAGAACACAUUUCGCCCCCGUCUGUGGGUCUGCUCCUGUUUAACAAACAGACAGUGUCUAAUUCACACGCGGGGGUUUAUAUUUCCAGCGCCAGGCCAGUGUUUAUCCAAGAGCGCGCAGAGCAUCAAUCCGAGGUCUGUGCUGCCGCGGCCUCACAUCAUUCCAACACUCCGUCUCCGGGGAGCUUGGAAUAACUGCUAAACCCUAAACAGUCCUCGCCGUUGGAUUUCAACCGCGAGACAAGCGGAGGAGAGCGUGAAGGGGAAGUCAGGAGGGGAAGUGAGACCGGGUGAGUUUGGCGCACGGUUGUGCUUUAGCAGGUAAACUGGGGUCCAAGGUGCGCACUGAGCCGCCUAUGAUACCAAAAACACGGAUGGAAGGAACUUUGAUGUGGAAUCCUCACAGAGUUUUGCAACGGAGGCUGAGAGUAGAGACAGACUGGCAGUUCAUAUUAUAACUUGAGGGACGCCAGAGGGACAGAUCGAACAGAACAAGCGGUCAGCCGACAACUCCAACAACAACAACAACAACACCACCAACAACAGCAAUAGGGACAGGGACACAAGUGCAGGUGCAGCUCAGCAUUUAGGAACAGGCCGAGCAUCCUCUGCGUACCUCAGGGGGGUGGUGGGUGUCUAGGAAGAUGUCCAGAGAGGAGCAGAGCAUGUCGGACGUUGAGCUCAGUCCCGGCAUGUCGGACGACAGUCGCUCCCUGUCGCCGGGCCAUUCCUGCGGCGCCGCCGGCGGGGGGGACUCGCCUCUGAGCGCGCGGCAGCAGCCGCAGCCGGCGGGUCUGGACGACUCGGUGGCGGGCUGCUCGUCCAUCAAAUCCGAGGACGAGGACGAGCGCUUCCCCGCGGGGAUCCGCGACGCGGUGAGCCAGGUUCUCAACUGCUACGACUGGACCCUGGUGCCCAUGCCCGUGCGCGUCAACAACGGAAGCAAGAACAAGCCGCACGUGAAGAGGCCGAUGAACGCCUUCAUGGUGUGGGCGCAGGCGGCGCGGAGGAAACUGGCCGACCAGCAUCCGCACCUGCACAACGCGGAGCUCAGCAAGACCCUGGGGAAGCUGUGGAGGCUUCUUAACGAGAGCGACAAGCGACCCUUCAUUGAGGAGGCAGAGCGGCUGCGGAAGCAGCACAAGAAGGACUACCCUGACUACAAAUACCAGCCACGACGCCGCAAAAGCGGAAAGCCCGGUUCUGGGUCAGGAAGUGAGGCCGAUGGCCAUUCAGAGGGUGAGGUCAGCCACAACCAGCCCCACUACAAGGGCCUCCAACUGGACGUGGCCCUCAUCAGAGGAGCCGGGUCCCCUCUGGCAGAUGGGCACCACCCUGCAGGUCACAGUCCUCCCACCCCUCCCACCACUCCCAAGACCGAGCCCCAGCCUGGGAAGUUGGGGGAUGGAAAGCGGGAGGGGUCUGGGAAGGGGGGCUCGCGUGGCGCGAUGGGACCAGAGGGAAGCUCGGGCGCUGCGGGAUCUGGCAAACCUCACAUCGACUUUGGUAACGUGGACAUUGGGGAGAUGAGCCACGAGGUGAUGGCCAACAUGGAGCCUUUCGACGUCAACGAGUUUGACCAGUACCUUCCCCCAAAUGGACACCCGGGGGUCGGGCAGAGUGCUGGGGCGGGAGCGGCCGCUACACCCUCCCCAGCCUCUCCGUACACCUACGGCAUCUCCUCGGCUCUGGCGGCGGCCAGCGGACACUCGGCAGCCUGGCUCUCCAAGCAGCAGCAGCAGCAGCAGCCGCCGCUGCAACACCACGGCCCGUCUCUGGGCGCGGAUCCCUCCAAAGGCCAGAUCAAGAGUGAGGCCGGCGGUACCGGGGGUCACUUUGCAGAGGCGGCCUCUGUAGGUACCCAUGUCACCUAUACCCCCCUCAGCCUUCCUCACUACGGCUCUGCCUUCCCCUCACUGGCCUCCAGGGCCCAGUUCGCAGAGUAUUCCGACCACCAGGCCUCGGGGUCUUAUUACGCUCACUCCGGCCAGGCCUCGGGGUUGUACUCUGCCUUCUCUUACAUGGGGCCCUCCCAGAGGCCCCUGUACACCGCCAUCACCGACCCGGCCAGCGUGCCGCAGUCACAUAGCCCCACGCACUGGGAACAGCCCAUCUACACGACUCUGUCGCGGCCAUGACAGACAACGAGACCAGAGGGCACUGGCGCAGGUUCCGCCCCCAUGUCAGACCCGCGGAGCAGCGGCUCCAGCAGACGUGUUGGUGGCGGCAGGGGUGGAAGUGGGCUGGUCAGGGGGGUCUGGGCGGGCCCCGGGGGAGUCGGCAGUGGAGACAGGAGGGGAGAGACCCCGUUCUGCCCCUGCCCAGAUACAGAAAUGCCAUCGCAGGCCAAGGUUGAGCAUGCAGCGUGGUGCUUUCCAAGCGUGGUCGAUCAUUUGGGGAAAUCGGUGUAAACGUGUCAGAGUGAAUCACUUUACACCAUUGCAGAGUUUCGAGCUAGAUCGACUGCAGCCAAGACUCAGCCCCCCCAAACAAGACGAUUGACAGUGUUCACAAGUGGUUUAGGAUCAUGUCCCUGUCAGUUUUGUGUAUCAGAGGAGGCACUUUGUCGUCUACGCCAUUCUCCCACAGGCCACCAGGGGUCAGCAGCAGCAGCAGAGGGCGGAACACAUUGAGAAUUAGCGAGACUUCGAUCUCUACUGUGAAGGGUUUGACUGAGAUGGAGCCAAAUUCAUUCUAUUUCAUGUGAAAUAGUUAUUUUUUGUUACGGAAGAAUGCAGUGCCAAACUAUUUGGCUGUGGCCCAUUCACUUCUCAGGCGAGAUUGAUCUUAUUACAGAUGUUAAAUUGUAUUACUUUUAGGAAAAUAAUACAACAAAUACUGAUAUGAAUGUGUUGGUUUCCGAGGCACAUUUGUUAUCAAUUCAUUGCUUCAAAUGAUUACGCUUUGUUCACCUUUUGUACAUGUGCAUGGAAGCAAAAUGCCAUAAAACUAUGUUGAGGUUUCGUGAAGUGAAAUCUAUAUUCAGUCAAAAGAACGUUUUGAUUAUUAUCAGGAUAGUUUAUAUGAUGUACUUGAAAUUACAAAUAUACCUUUACUGAUACAUGCAGAUUCCUGGUAUUUGUAAAAAGACCAAAGUUGAGAGACCAAAACUUAAAGAGAAGAAGCUGAUUAUACAGACAUUUCUCCCAACGUGACAUUCAAAACUACCUUGCAUUAUAUAGGAGACUAGUUUUCAAUUAACUUUCAACAUUUUUUCCAAUGUGACUUAUUAUAAAUGCCUUAAAAACAUAUUGGUAUCAAAAGCUAUUUUUGCCACAAUGGCCCUGAUGAGUGUGAUGAUUUUUAUUAAUGGACGCAUUCAUAAAGGGAAGAACCAUUCUAUUUGCAUUUGCUAUAUCCAUUUUCAUUGACCAUGGGAUCAGGGAUGAACAUCAACCAAUAAUGGUAAAUAUACAUAUCCAUGUAUUAUUUGGAUAAUUAAAUCUCUCUCUAUAUAUAUAGCGAGAGCUGAUAUUAAGUAGCCAAAUUGCUCUGUGCCAACAAACACAAAGAAGAACCAGCGUGACGCGCCGACUUGAGACACACGUGGUCGCCGGUGACGACGUUCUACGCGGCUUCAGAGGAACAAUUGCAGAUUAAAAGACAAUGGGGUUUUUUUAAAGGGAAAGAACAUUUGAAGCGUCAGAAGUGUUCUUUGUUGUGUGUUAACUUCCUAGUGCUGACGAAUUUGGUUAAAUCAGAGCUUAAUAAGAUAUUAAAUCCAUCUUAGUACAUCUCAGUCUUUCUGUCACUCAGGUGUGCAAAAUAAAACACAGCUAAUUAACUUUAGCUAAAAUUAACCUUGACAGCAGAGAAUGAUCAGUUAUCCUACUGGCUGUAAAAAAAUCAUUCAUUCAUCCCUCGUCGCAAUGUGUCAUAACAUGCGUAGUAGAAGCAUUUUCAUUGUUCUAACUUCUCUGUAUUAAUAUUGUUGAACUAUUUUUGCACCCUGCCGUUUCUUUAUAUUUGUGUGUUAUUUAACAUGUGUAUCAAUAUUAGAUCUUUUGAUUGUAGUUGUGUUACUUUGACCUAUUUUUUUCUUGCAUUUUAAGUACAGUUUCAAUGUGAGAGACGCCAAUACUGAGAAUCAGUUGCAAGAAAUUAAGCGAAUAAAGCUUCCCACAGCAAAAAACAUUUAAACCCAGCCUAUUAAAUACAAAAUGUGCCUACUCCUUAAAAAUACUUGCUGCAUCGCACGUGGAACAGAGAGGUAUAUUUGAUCUUAAAUCAAAUUUGUAUCCUCUCAUAAUAAUUAGUUCGUCUAGUUUUCCAAAGUGUUUUCUAUCUUUGGUCUUUAUAGUGUACCUUGUUUCCACAUGUCAUUUAUUUCCAUCAUUUCCUAAACGGAACUCUAUCUUAAGAAGAAAAAAAAAGUUCAUUUAUCUUUGCUUUAUUUUUUGUGUAUAAUAAUUAAAUACAUUUUAUCACUACUGGACGCCGAUCCAAACCAUAUGCAUGCAGCACUGCUCGUUUUAAUUCAUAGUCCAUCAACGCUUAAAGCCCAUUCCUAUAUAACCAUUUACUUUCAGCAGAAGAAGCUGUUUAUUUUACGUCCUUGUUGCUAUGUGUGAAAUAUGUGUUGUAUUGCUACAAAUUUCUUAUUUAUAAUUGUCUUAUUAUUGUGUUUGCGCUGUUAGUUGUUUCUCUCCAAAAUGAGGACAACAUGUGAUCGGUGCUGCCAUUUUAGUAUUCCACAGUUCCCAUCCUUGUAUAACUGUUGCCAGCACAACAAAACAACUUAUCAAAGUAACACCAGGAGCGAAAGCCUAAACAUGUGAUGAUGACUAAUGACCUUUCACGCUCAUUUGAAAUAAAGCUCUAUUAUUCCUGCUUUGA